CUCUUCUACCCCACAGGCAUCGACAUCCUGAAGCUGGUGGCAGCCCAGGUGGGGAGCCAGUGGAAGGACAUCUACCAGUUCCUGUGCAACGCCAGCGAGCGCGAGGUAGCGGCGUUCUCCAACGGCUACGCGGCCGACCACGAGCGCGCCUACGCCGCCUUGCAGCACUGGACCAUCCGCGGGCCCGAGGCCAGCCUGGCCCAGCUCAUCAGCGCCCUCCGGCAGCACCGCCGCAAUGACGUGGUGGAGAAGAUCCGAGGCCUGAUGGAGGACACCACGCCGGUGCAGAUGCAGCCGCAGUGGCAAGCGCAGGACCCCGGCAAUGAGGACGGAAAGCUGGAAGCUGACAGGCUGGCGCUGCCCAUGAGCCCCAGCCCGCUCAGCCCCCCGCCCAACCCCAGCCCCAAGCCCCCCGAGGCAGCCGUCCUCACCGUGGAGCCCUCUCCUUCAGAGAAGAAAUGCUUCUUCGUCGACGAAGCGGAGCCCCUCCUGCGGUGCGACUCGACCUCCAGCGGCUCCUCCGCGCUCAGCCGGACAGGCUCUUUUAUUACCAAAGAAAAGAAGGACACCGUCCUGCGCCAGGUGCGCUUGGACCCUUGCGACCUGCAGCCCAUCUUUGACGACAUGCUGCACAUCCUCAACCCCGAGGAGCUCCACGUGAUCGAGGAGAUCCCACAGGCGGAAGACAAGCUGGACAGGCUAUUUGAGAUCGCCGGAGUCAAGAGCCAGGAAGCCAGCCAGACCCUCCUGGACUCUGUCUAUAGCCACCUUCCUGACUUACUGUAGGCACCGGGUCACCACGCACUCUCCGAAUAUCUGCUAGAGCUAGCUUGGCACUCGUUAAGACGACCGACAAUACGCGGGCAGGUUUUGUUGUAGAAUAUAUGGCCAGUAUUUUCGUUGAGGUGUCCUUGGUUUCCGGAGGGGGGGCGGUUUUGCCAGCGUUGCACCCCUCCACCUUAACUCUAUCGCUCAGUCCAAGUCUUUGCACCCUCUGCCCCCUUCCCGAGCCUCUCUUCUCCUUGUUCUUGUUCCAAUCAGAUCAGUCGAUGCACUUUAA